UGUGCGGUGGAAUGGCCAACGAGAAAAAGUACAUGAAAAUAAUUUAGUAAGAUCUCAUUUUCAGCAUUGUUAUGAACUUGAGACACCAAAAGAACAUGAAUACGUUUUAUAUUUCAUGAUUUGUAUCCGUAUAAAUGUAUUAUUAAAGACGUCAUUUCACCCUUUCGAUUUUUGUACUUCCGCGUUACUACACUGAUCAUGACAUUAUGUUCUCAUACAACUGAUUAAUACACUAUUAUCAGUCACGUUCAAAUGGCUACUGCCAGUGCAGUCAGCAAAAUUUCUGACGAUGAACGACGAUGGGUGAUCGUUGGUAUAUGUCUAAACAAAGUUCUCACUCCAGCAUUGAGAGAAGUUCUUGGAAAUAAAAUACCAAUGUGGUACCAAAACCUGCUCCCACAUCCUGAUGAGAUAGAUAAACAGACAUUAGGAAGACAUAAGAAGAAGUUGCCACCUUCUACAUUGAAUUUAAACUACGAAAGUAUCAACAACAAUUUCACAAAGCACAAGUCGUUUGUCCGUAAAUACGACUAUGCUGUCAAAGAUGCAGUAUCCCUAGCGAAGUUGUUCAUGAAACCAUUUAUGGCCAGCUUUACUGGUUUUGAUGACACUAUGGACACUUCUGCAGCUUUGUCACUCGUCGCUGAGGCCCAACCUUUUCACGCUUCUGGAGCUGGGGGUACGGCGAAAAAAAUAAGAUCAGAUAUCAGAAAUGAGUGGGCACAUUGUGAUUUUGCACACUGGACAGACGUCGUUUACCAAGCAGCUCUAAAAGAUAUGGAGACAUUAAUAAAUCAACUCAACCUUACACCUUCGAAGAGAAAGGAAAUGCUUGAUGAUCUUGUUGACUGGAAAGAAAAAGGUCUGAAACUUUGUUUUGGCGAGCCAGUAGAUCCUGAAUUGCUGGAACUCGUCCACACUGAGGUUGCUGAACUUAAAGAUUUGGUAAAAUUUGUUGAAGAGAAUACAGAGAAUAUUCUGAACAUAUUAGAAGCAGUCGAAAAAUCUUUGAAAAAUGAAAUCCAAGAGUUAAAGGAAAGACAACUCCGUACUGAGAAAGAUGUCGAGCAAUUGAAAGAUAAACAGGACGAUUUACAGGUGACCAUCUCAAAACUGAGAAACGAAAAAGAACCACGAUAUCUUUUCAUGGCGCCUAAACAGAGUGUCUGGUUUAGUGGCCGAAAAUCUGAACUCGGUUAUCUUCGAGACGUACUCGAGAAUAAGAGAAGAUGUGGCGAGGAAGGAGUCCUUGUUGCUGCCAUCUCUGGUCUUGGAGGAUGCGGGAAAACAAGCCUUACUGCAGAAUAUAUACACAAAUGGAAAGGUUAUUAUCAAGGAGGUGUUUACUGGUUUUCCGCAGAAAGCGAUGUCAAGUUCAAAGCUUCGGUCGAUGAGAUAGCCGCGCAAUUCGAUACACUUUAUAACGAUUCGUUCAAUGUUACAUUGUACAAGACCCUAGCAGUUUUUUCACAUAUUACAAAACCAUGGCUGGUGGUUGUUGACAAUAUGGAUGAAGCUGAUCUUUCACCAAAUUUGGUUAAUUUGGUAUCAGGGCCGUGGCAAGAAAACGUCGCGUGUUUUGGUCGUCUCAUCAUAACAACACGACGAACACCUCAGGAUUUAGAAGAGCAAUUAUCUGGUAUCGAAGAAUCCAAUUGCCUCAAACUCGAAUGCUUUGGUAGUGAGGAGGCGAAAGAAUUCGUCUUCAGAAGAACUAACAUUACUCGUGAUGAACAAAAAGAACUUUCCGCGGACUCGCUAUGUCAAAAGCUUGGUGGCUUACCAUUAGCAUUAGAACAAGCUUGUGCAUACAUCAAGUAUCUGGGAUGCUCAUUAUCUGAGUACUUAGGGUCGUACGAGGAACAGUCCCUCCAACUUCUAAACAAGAAGAAAGCUACCUCUUUUUAUGGAACUUCCCCAGAACGAUUGGCCGUUCGUACCACGUGGCGUCUCAACUUUGAACAUAUCAAAAAAGAUGAAAACGGGAUCGUCGCCACUCGUUUUUUGAAUGCUUCGGCGUUUUUUGAUCGCAAUGAAAUUCAAAAAGACCUCAUAAAUGUUGGCGAUCCACUUGUUGACGACAAAAUAUAUUGUGAUUACGUGAGCUCUUCUUUGGGUUCCCUCGAAGUUCUGAAACUCUUGACUGACUUUUCUCUUUUUAAGGAAACUCACGAUUCUUCCCUCACUGUUCAUCGUUUAGUCCAAGAGGUCAUUCGAGAAAGUCUGACCUCGGAGGAGAAAGUUGAAAGCAUUGUUGACGCAGCCCGUCUAUUACGUUUUGCCUUCUUACAAUGCCCAUCUCCUGAUAAAAUUUCAGAAAGUGUGGUAACUGAAUAUGGUGAUCGACCAUCCCUCUAUCCAAAUGAUUCUUCUAAUUUUUAUAAGUGGCAUAAGUUGUGUUUACAUGCCCAUGAAAUUAGAAGGAAUCUUGAACGUCUUUUGGAAGUCGUCAGCGAUGUUACCGGAAAAACUGUCUUUCUGACAGAGAUAGCGAGGGUUGUUUACGAAUGUGCUUUGCACUUGAAUGUUAGUAAUUUGAGUAGUCGGGCAAAAAUUGUCGGAGAUUUUGCUCAUCGUAUUCUUGACUGGAAUCGCGGAGAGAUUUUAGGGCAAGAUCUGAAGGCUCUAUUUCCGCAUAUAUUUCCACUGUCAGAGCGCCUUCGUAGGCUUAUUCAAUACUCUUGUAAGGCACCUACUGAAGGAGACAACAGUCUUAAUAGUACUAAUACUUCUAACACCUCUGUUAAUGAUUCCUUGAAAACGGAAAUUGAAAACAUGCGUUUGGAAGGUAAUACACAAUUCAUCCAAAGCAAUUUCCAAGAGGCUAUCGAAAGGUACUCUUUAGGUAUUGAUAAAAGUAAAGGAAAGCAAUUCUUUGACCCUAGGUUACUCAGUAAUCGUGCUUCGGCCUAUCUUAGGUUAAUGCAGUAUGAAAAUGCCUUAGAUGAUGCCGAGGAAUACAUUAAGGAUUCACCUGAGUGUUCGAAAGGUCACGCCAGGAAAGCCGUGGCUCUUCAAGGCCUGAAUGAAAAGUGGGAUGCAAUGAGUGCAGCUUCCUUAGCAUUUUAUCAUGAUCGCAAAAUCUUUGACAAAUACGAGCCAUUCAAAACCACAUUUCCUAAGUUGAAAGAAUGUAUUCAUAUUUGUGAUGAAACCUUUGCACUUCUUUUCCUGCUUUCUCAGUGCCAGUCUGGGGAUGUUUCAGGCAUGCCUAUUAAAAUCAUUGUUCUCGAGCCAGGAGACUAUACUCUCUCUACGCGAUUAGAUUUAGAGAAUGUUAUUCUUGUUGGUGUCGGAGAUCAUGUUACAUUAUCAUUUACGGAUGAUUUCGGUUUGCUUUCUGGAAACUUUAUGGCAGUCAACAUUUCGUUUGUAUUUAACGUCGGAAACUGGUCGACGAAACCCAAAUCUGAGGUUAAGGUUUUUAAAUGUUCUGUUACUAGUAAAAGCAUUCCUUGUGCUCUGUUGUCCUCAGGAAAUCUUAUGGUCAAGAAUUCUAUUUUCCGAAGUUGUGAAGGUAACGCUUUGGUCGUUCAAGGGAAGGCUUGGGUCGAGGAUUCUGAAUUUUCAGCAAGCAAAUCUAUUGGAUUACAAGUUGUCGGUUUUGCAAAUCUUCAGCUUAAGAACAGCAAACUUUACGGAAACCAGUGGGGUUUGGAUGUUCAGUUUGGUACGUGUAAUGUUACCGGAUGUCAAAUAUAUGACAACAUGAAAAUAGGCGUGGGUGUCGGAAAUGGCGGGAAAGUAAAGCUUACACAGAAUGAAAUAUUCCACAAUGAUCGACAUGGAGUUUGUCUCAUUGAAAGAUCAUCGGCAGUCAUCGAAAAAAACGAAAUAUUUCAGAACGGCUGGCAUGGAAUUUCAACGCUGAGUGAUGCGUCUUGUGUUAUUUCGAAUAAUAGUAUCUACCAAAAUAAAUGUGGUGGCAUUCAUGCAGCACCUGUAUCACGUCAACAACCGCAGUCAGUUAUAGAAUUUAACAAGAUAUCUGGCAACGAAGGCCCAGGUAUUGACCAAAUGCCCGCAUACGCUGAUUCUGUGAAUAGUCCGUUUCCCACGUUCUCGAAUGACGAAGUUUUGACAGCAAAAUGUACGGGAAACAUACUUGAAGAAAACAUAAGUGACGGAAUGCCACCACCCUCACAAAAUUUACCCGACAUCUGUUGGUUCUGCCGACAAAAUGUGGAUUUAAAAAAGUGUACGAAAUGUUUCGUAUCAGGAUACUGCAAGCAAGAAUGCCAAAAAGCCGACUGGGAACAUCAUAAGAAAGAAUGUGCUCGAAUUUUAGAGAAACACAGCGUUUUAGUGAAAAUUCUACCAUUGUCACUGGGAUUAAAGGGCGAUAAAAGCGUUGUCACCCCGGAAUUUGAAUACAAGGCGCCUUUCAAGUGGUUGGAACCAAGUGGCCCGGAAUAUGAAAAAGCACCAACGUUUGGAAAACGUUUUAUCGUUAAGGUGCAAGCCUGCGAUGUUUGGAGAAAAUCGAAUUACGGAGGUGCUAUGCUCGCCAUAGAAGAUCGUAGCCAAACAAUUAACGGUGAUCUUGAUAUGAACGACGAACAAUGCUUUCGAAUUUAUAAUCUUGUAAGAGAAUGUGGUUCAAACUGUAACAGCUAUGGAUGGAAGAAAAAGUUUCUUUGGGCUUUACUUGCAAAGGGAAACAAAGUUCGAGUAUUUACAAGUGAUUUUCCACCGUAUCAACGUUGGUAGGCCGGUGAGAACUAUCAGUUGACAAUGUUAUACUUUUUACCUAUACACGUUUUUAUAUACCCAUAUUAUCAUGUAUCCAUAUUUUCAUAAUAAUCCUCAUUAACACUGUAUACUGCAGUCGAAUUUUGACAAUAGCAACAGGGCUAAAAAAUAGC